UUCUAGUAUAUCUUGUUUAUUACAGCACAUGAUUUUAUUAUAAGGUCAGUGUAAAAAAAAUGAUUGCUGAAAGCCUAUUGACCGGAGUGGCAUUUGGAUAUCUCAUUCUUGCUCCAUAUACUAAAGUAGAAGAAAGUUUCAACAUACAAGCAUGCCAUGAUAUGCUAUACCAUGGUCCUUUCUUGAGUCGGUAUGACCAUCAUGAAUAUCCUGGAGUUGUGCCUCGCUCAUUCUUGGGGCCUGCUAUGCUAUCUACCUUGGCUCUUCCAUUUGUUACAACUGCAAGAGUGAUGGGUGUCAAUAAAAUAUAUUCUCAAUAUUUGGUGCGACUUGCUUUGAGUUUGCUUGUGGUGUUUGCAUGGAGUCGCUUCUACCAACAAGUAAAAAAAGGAUUUGGAAUGGGCGUUGCCGUGUGGUUCACAGCCAUCACCAUUACUCAGUUCCACUUUGUCUAUUACCUCUCACGAACCCUGCCAAACAGUUUUGCUCUCAUAUUUGCUCUCCUCUCAUGUUCUUAUUGGCUCGAACAGAAUCACAAAAAGUUCAUAGUUGCAAGUGGCAUUGGUGUUGCCAUUUUCAGAAUAGACCUUGUUCUUAUGCUUGGUCCCAUGCUUGUUCAUGAUCUGGUCACCAAAAGGAUUGGCUUGAAGAGUUGUUUGUUUCAAUCGGUGACAGUUGGUGGCACACUGCUGGCUGUUACUGUUGCAUUUGACAGCUUGUUAUGGGGGCGGUGGGUGUGGCCUGAAGGCGAGGUCUUUUAUUACAACACCAUACUCAACCAGAGCCAUCAUUGGGGGACCCAGCCCCUGCCAUGGUACUUCUACUCAGCGUUACCCCGGGCCCUGGGUGCAAGUAUCCUCUUCGUGCCAGUAGGCAUAGUGCUGGACAAGCGCAUGCGGCUUCUAACGGCGCCCGCGCUCGUCAUGGUGGCGCUCUUCUCGUUGCUGCCUCACAAGGAGCUACGCUUCAUUAUUUACGUCGUGCCUCUCUUCAAUGUUGCGGCGGCAUAUGCAUGUCAAAACUUAUACAUGCGUUGCCGCAAGAGCACGCGCUGGUCGGCGCUGAGCGCGGUGGUGGUGGGGCACCUGCUACUCAACUGCCUCCUCACUGCCUUGCUCGCGUCCGCCUCGGCCGCCAACUAUCCUGGUGGUGUAGCGUUGUGGCGGCUCCACGAGCUUGUCCCAGCCGAGGCGCACGUGUCCGUCCACAUCGACAAUCUGGCAGCUCAGUCUGGAGCGACGCGAUUCCUGCAAAUGCACCCAAACUGGCACUACAACAAAACUGAAGAUCUGCGGCCAGGCAGCCGCGAGUUGCGCUCCUUCUCUCACCUGCUCGUGGAAGCCAAGAAUAAAUACGCCUACAACCUCAAGCACUACGCCGACACACACAGAAUUCUCGAGGCCGUCGAAGCUUUUUCUCACCUCAGCUUCAACUACCAACAAUUUCCUCCUGUCAAAAUUCGCAUGAAGCCUACGCUGUUCAUUCUUGAGAACCAGAGGAUAGAAGAUAUUUUGUCCUACCAUACAUUUAAAGAGCCAGAAGUAUUCACAACAGAUUUUUCAGAAAGCUUUGAAACUGACGAUUUAAAUGCUACAUUGUUAACUCCUCCUGAUCAAGAAGAACCUGUGGCGUUUAAAACGCAAGACAGCAAGGAUAAAAAUGAGAAAAUGUUAAAUAAAAAGGCUCAGAAAAAGAAAAUAGAUCUUGACGAAGGUAAUUUAGAAAAAGGCGUGCCUGUGGAGAAAUCUGAGGUCGGAUUAGGUGAAGACAACAGUAACACUUCUGAAACAAUUUCCAUCAUGGAUGAAAUUCAGCCCUCGCAGAAAGAUGGAGUACUGGUUUUGAAUGACGUUUCAAGCGCGAAAGUAGAAGACGAAAUUUCAGAAAAUAUUUUGAAUCUUGAUGCUGACAUUGGCUCUGAAAAGCAAAAGUCAUCGUUCAUUACGGCCAACGAAGGAGAAAACACGAAUAAAUUGACGAAAGAAACUAGACUUCAUCGUAAUAUGAAGCCGGCAAAAGAUAAACAAAACACGAAAAAUGUUACUCCAACUGCAGCCGACGUUUCGUCAACCUCAGAAAGGGAAAUCAAGAACGUUGAUUUGGAUGAAGAUAAAAUAACAUAGUUGCCUAUUUUUGCCUGAAGUGAUACGUUGCUACCAUUCAAGAUUCUCGUGGUGCCACACCCGUUCUACAUGUGGUCCUCCAGAUGCUCAGUUCAAAAGAGUUUGUAUGAGAAUUCACGGGAAGGAGGAUAGCAUCCGUACGGUGGGAACCACGUUUUUUAGGCGAUCAGCUGUCAAAGUAUAGGAUUGCAAUCGGGAUUAUUUAUUACUAAGCAACAGAAACUACGUUGACCAGGAUGCAUCUCAGCAUAGCCUUGAAUUAUUGGCAUGAGAGAUAAGAAGCAAUGGAUGGUGCAUGCCCUCUCUGAAAGCAGAAAGUUUUCACGCGUUUGCGCUCAAUAGGUUCAUUCAAAAUUUUGUGUCUAUAAUUAUAUUUAUCUUUAGGCAGGUUUCAUAGAAGACAGGAGAAUUGGUUUUAUUGACAAUUUUUUUAUGAAAUUCUCUGGUCUUCAAUGAAGCCUGUUUGAAAGAACAAAUUGUGCCAUCCUAUACUAAUAUAUGCAUAUAUGUACAGUUUUAGUUUGUUUUCUUGUUAUGUGUGAUCUCGAAGUGUGUG